GUUCGUGUCGAGCCGCUCAGCGGUACAGUGUUUACACAUCGGUCUCCCUCCCAUUCUGUGUCGUGUUUUGCUGUCCAGACAAAAAACAACGUGCCCAACGGAGUGUGUAACGGUGCUCGAGUCGAAAAACGGGCAACGGCUUAUUGUUUCCACUGCUUGAUUCACCGGGAAGCAGUCGGUCAAGUGGAUCCAGGGCGGGUGUAAUUAUUCGCAAGACACUGGCACAAACGGUGUGUUGUUAACCCCUUCCCCGUGGGGUGUGUGUUUGUGUUUGACCCCUGUCAGUUAAGUGAAAUAAUUGUGAAUAAUUUAACAUUUGCUGUUUCUUUUUGUUGUGGCUGUACAUUAUCGGUGGAAUUAAAGUCGAAUCAGUUUGCGCUGGUGUGAGUGAGAAGUGAAUUUUGAGCUCGAAACGAUCAAGUGUUCUGCCCAACAUCAUGACGUCCACCGUAGAGAAAGACACAUCAGCGGUGGAAAUAAACAUCGAAGAGACCGCCGGCAGCGACAUGCCAGAUGCUGGCCGCGCCACUGCCAACCCAGCGCACGCCCUUACCGCACGCCCCAACGGUCGCAAUCGUAGCCGGUCGAACAGUCGUUCACCAUCUCGCCGAGCAAAGCGUGACACAGAGAAGGCUCGUACCGAUGCGAUUCCCCUUCUGCCCAUACCUAACGAAUCGAAUCUUCCUCGGCAGGAACCGCCAAUGGCUGGGUCCGAGCUGGACGAUGACGACGAGCUGGACGAUGGGGUGGAUCUGGACGAUCCCAAGAGCAAUCGGGGCAUCGACAGUGGCUUCCUCGACCCAGUCGACAAUGGGUCCGUCGAUACGGGAGUGUCGCGGGCGGGACGACGCGGAGGCCGUCGCAAUCAGGCACCGGCCGGGCCAACGUAUCGCCCAGGGUUUGCACCGACAUUCGAUGCCGAUGGGACACGUGUUGUACAAACUACGGCCAGCGGACAGGUCAUACCGGACGUGAAUGUGUACCAGCAGAAGAAGAACCUUGCGCAGGGCAUGAUGGAUCUGGCGCUACUGUCCGCCAACGCCAAUCAGCUCCGGUACGUGCUGGAGUCGUACAGCCGCCAUCCGUACUUCUACGUCAAUCUGGUGUUCAUCUCGACCAGCAUCAUUGCACAGGUAGCGGUCGGCAUUGGGCUGAUCUGGAAGAGCCGGUACGACAUCAAGAAGGAGAACGAUUUUUGUAAAGCCGAUCGGAUCAACAAUCUCAUCACGAUCGGCAUCUUCAUCAUUACGCUCGUGAACGUGCUGAUAUCGGCGUUUGGUGUUGCCGAGCCGCAGGCGGUCGUGUGACGGCACUGUGCUGUUUUGGGAGUAUGUGUAAUUUAAACUAUGUUGUCAGUAUCAUAUAGAGUAGCAUUUAGGUUAGGAUGUUAGGAUAGGAGCAAAUAGUGGAGUUUCGACGAUUUCGAUCCAAAUAACUUAACCAUGGUCCAUUGGUUGUUUUAAUCAAAAUAAAAUUAUGUAUUUUAUGAACCUUUUUAGUGAAAAGUUACUACUGUAAAUUGACUAUCAGUAAUGUUACUAACGAUAAGCAUUUGCGCGAACACUACCACAAAAACAAAAAGAAAUUAACACUUCUAA